GUACUUGCUCGUGCUGGCUAUGCAGCGAGGAGGUCUCCAAGGCUGGAUGGUAGAUGGAUCGGGCGCGAGAAAGACGUGGCAAAUCCCACGCAGCAGCACCCCGAUCAUCUCCAGACUGGACUUGGCGCAGACGUCUGAGCAGCCUGCAACCCUUCUUUUGGCAGCUGGCGAUGGCGGAGGCAUGGUUACAGUGUGGUCUCUGACUGUCGACGGUGCCUUGGCUUCGCCGAAGAACGGCCGCUGGUCCAAGGUGCCAAGUCGGAGAGCUUUGCCCAUCUCAGGCCUGCAGCUACUUCACAUCAAGCCAGCAAUGGUGGGCAUCCUGCGCUAUGGCGUGAUGGCCCCCCAGUGGCUGCUGAGCGCAUCGACGGAGAAGGAUGUCUAUGUGCUGGAUGCUCUUACCGGCUCCGUCAUGCACCAGGUCGAGGGCUUGCGGACCGAUGUUUGGGCGCUGAGAUGGCGUUAG